AUGAAUGUCUCCCAGGGCGUGACACUUACGCCAGUCACGCAUGUCACCAAGGGCAUGACACUCGCACCAGUCACACACAUUACCAAGGACGUGACAUUUGCACCAGUCACGCGCGUAACCAAGGACGUGACACUCGCACCAGCCACGCACAUCACCAAGGGCGUGACACGCGCGCCAGUCACGCAUGUCACCAAGGACGUGACACUCGUACCAGCCACGCACGUCACCAAGGGCGUAAACCUCGCACCAGCCCCGCACGUCACCAAGGACAUGACACUCGCGCCAGUCAUGCAUGUCACCAAGACCAUGACACUCGCACCAGUCACGCAAGUCACCAAGGACGUGACACUCGCACCAGCCACGCAUGUCAACGAGGGCGUGGCACUCGCGCCAGUCACGAAUGUCACCGAGGUCGUGGCACUCGCACCAGCCACGCACGUCAACAAGGGCGUGACACUCGCGCCAGUCACGCAUGUCACCAAGGGCGUGACACUCGCACCAGUCACGCAUGUCAGCAAGGGCGUGACACUCGCGCCAGCCACGCACAUCACCAAGGAUGCGCCGCUGCCAUGCACGCCACUGCGGGCGCGCCACCUACGCACGCCACUGCGGGCGCGCCACCUACGCACGUCAUGUGCGCCGUCGAAGGCGACUCGUCACCGCCUGCCACGGAGGGCGCGUCACUGCCACCCACCACAUGUGCCGCUGAAGGCGUUGCCACACCACCGCCGCCUGCCACGCGUGAAACCUGGGGCACACCGCCGCAUGCCGCUGAAGGCGCUGCCACAAUACUGCCGCCCGCCACGCGUGCCACAUGGGGCACACUGCUGCCUGCCACGCGUGCCACCUUGGGCACACCGCCGCAUGCCACUGAAGGUGCUGCCACACCACCGCCACCCGCCACGCGAGCCACCUGGAGCACGCCACUGCCUGUGGCUGAAGGCGCCGCGACGCCGCUGUCGCCCACCUCGUCCACCCCAGAGUGACAGGUACAGAUCGCACGGACACCACGACGUCGCCGGACUCACCAGGUUAGUGCUCCAGUGCGGCGGCCCCAGUGCAUCACGUCCAUGCGAGUAG